UGGUGUUGUUGUGAGGAGCUGAACAAGCAGAAGGAUGUGGAUAACCAAAUCAAAUAUUUUUGCAUUUCUGUUACUUUUUGUGAUACAAAACAACACAUUUGCUCUUCAGGAUGUAACGGCCGACCUUUUCGGUACCGAAAAUUCCGGGACGGUGGCAGCGUUUGGAGAUUUUAACUCGGAUAAACAGACAGACAUCUUCAUCAUCAGAGAACAGUCUGAACUGGUGAUAUUCUUGGCUGACUCGAAACCACCUUACUUCAAGCCCAAAGUCCAAAUCUCUAAAAAAGUUUUCCCAAGGGACACUAUCAUCACCAGUGUGGUUCCUGGAGACUAUGAUGGAGACUCUCAGAUGGAUGUCCUUCUUACAGCUGAGAUGAACUCCAAGCCAGAAACAAUUGUUUUCAUCUUUUGGGGGAACAACCAGACAUUAGAUAUGGGUGGUUGGCUCAGCCUGAACAAGACCUUUACAGAUCAACCCCUUGUUAUGGAUUUCAAUGGGGACAUGAUCCCAGAUAUUUUUGGAGUCACCGACGGGAUAUCCACUGAAGUCUGCUAUCUCACCAACAGAAUUCCAGUUUGGCGGAAUGCACUGAGUUCACCUGUCAGCAUGCGCAUCCCUCAUUCCAAUGCGUUCAUUGACCUCAACAUGGACUUCACCGCUGAUUUAUUCCUGACAACUAAAGGCCCAGCAUUUGAGACCUGGAUCAGUAAGAAUGGGAACUUCACCAAAGCUGAAGUCAUGCCAGCGAAGCCACCAGCCAGCGUCAUUGGACAGUCCUCCUUUGUCGAUUUCGAUGGUGACGGCUACCAGGACCACCUCCUCCCCGUGUGUCUGGAUGACAAGUGUCAUCGCAGUGCCAUCUACUUGGCCAAGUCUGGCUCAAAAGAGUGGGUACCAGUGCUGUCAGAUUUCCAGCGGAGGGAAACAGUUUGGAGCUUUGUGCCAGGGACACCCAGCCAACCCCUGGCUCUUCACCUCGGGGACUACAACCUGGACGGCUUCCCUGAUGCCCUGGUUGUCCUCCGCAACAGCAGCGGCAGUGGUCAGCAGGCCUUCCUGUUGGAGAACGUGCCCUGUAACAACGUCAGUUGCCACAGUGUAGGAAGGAUGUUCCACAUUCACUGGGACCAGUCAGAUUUGGGAGCCAUCCAAAAUGCUGUUAUGGCAACGUUCUUUGAUAUCUAUGAGGAUGGUAUAUUAGACAUGCUGGUUCUGAGCCAGGCAGCGGGCAAAAAUGACUUGAUCAUCCAUGCUUUAAAGAACAAUUUUGAAGCUGAUGCCUACUUCGUUAAAGUGAUGGUGCUCAGCGGCCUCUGCUCCAAUGACUGCCCUGAAGAAGUGAAGCCUUUUGGUGUUAACCAGCCCGGUCCCUAUGUCAUGUACACCACAGCGGAUUCCAACGGCUACCUGAAAAACGCCUCAGCCGGUCAGCUGAGCCAGUCAGCUCACUUCUCCCUGCAGCUGCCCUACACUGUGCUGGGCCUCGGACGCAGCGCCAACUUCCUGGACCACCUUUUUGUCGGGAUCCCCCGGCAGCCUGGAGAGACGGACAUAAGGAAGCAGGAGUGGACAGCCAUCAUCCCCAACUCUCAGCUCAUCGUCAUCCCCUUCCCUCACGACAAACCCCGCAGUUGGAGCGCUAAACUGUAUCUGACUCCUAGCAACAGCGUGCUGCUGACGGCCAUUGCGCUGAUCGGAGUGUGCGUCUUCAUUCUUGUCAUUAUUGGCAUCCUUCACUGGCAAGAGAAGAAAGCGGAUGACCGAGAGAAGAGGCAGGAAGCCCACCGCUUCCAUUUCGAUGCCAUGUGAAGGAAACUGCUGCAUCAUGGGAGAAGAUCCUCUCCUCCACUCCUCCGCCCGCCUCACCACGCCUCCUUCACACAAAAAUUUUCACACAGACUCAUUUCAAGGGCCAAUAAAUGGAUCCUCAUUUGCACCAAAACGUUUCUUUUUGAUAUUUGUCAGUCCUCAAGUCAGAUGUGAAAUAUUUAUGUUCCAUUUCAUUUAUUCAUUCCAGUGUUAGAAGUACAGGAGCUGCAACAAGACCGUGGAGACAGAGAGAAAUCCUAAUGGAGAUCACUGACAAGUUUAAAGCAGGGAUUUCUUUGGACUGGCUGCAGUCAGCAGCUUCAUCAAAAGUGGUGUUAGUAGAGUGUUUUGACAAAAUGACUUAGAUUUCUGUUCAAACUCCUGACAAGUUACUUUAACUGUUUGUUUAGUGGAUCACUGGAAUGGAUGCAGCUUUGGCACAAAGUGUUGACAUGUGUAUUGCUACUUGAAACCCACGUGUGUGUUACUGUCCAUUGUCUUUGUCUAGUUGAUUCACCUCUGUUUUUUUUUUUUUUAUCUGACUUGGAUAUUGUAAAAAGCAAAAUACAUCAUGUUUUAUGACCUGGGAAAUUAAACUGAAAUGACUUCUCUAAUAUCAAUCUCAGCUUUGCAACUGCAGCAGCAACUGGUGCAAAGUGAACAAAAAUGGAUGCAUGAUCUUUCUUCUACCAAUCUCACCAAAAAUGAUGAAUGGCCUUUUAGGUUUGCUGAGUGCAGAUUCAUCUUUUUCACACUGUAUUGUAUCACAGUGCAUCAUGGGAGUGCCAAAAAAGGAGUUUCUAAGUUGCAUCCUGUAAAUGUCUAAUACUACUGCAUCGAGGCUCGGAGAAGAGUCUAAAAACAGUUACUCCAGUUUGUUUCAAGAUGUAGGUUUAAUUUUCAUUGUGUCUCUGAAGUUAAUUGGGCCAAGCGCUCUGGUGUGUUCCGAUAGUUGUUUCACAAGAAUGAGCUCAUGCCUUUCUAAAUGGUUUGCACUUUUUUAACUAAUGAUUAACUGUGGGUGUAUGUAAUUUAUUUUGUUUUGUGGAUUUGAUUUGCAAAUGAAUGUUGAAGCUACUAAAUGUGUUUACUUACUGAGGCUGAGAAUAAAGGUUUCUCCUGUUUAAAUCA